ACCCAGGUUGAUGGACAGCUUUUCUUAAUCAAACAUCUUUUGAUCCUCCGUGAACAAAUCGCUCCUUUCCACACUGAUUUCACCAUUAAGGAAAUUUCCCUGGACCUUAAGAAAACUAGAGAUGCAGCCUUUAAAAUCCUGAACCCAAAGGCAGUGUCAAGAUUUUUCAGACUCAACAGCAACAACGCCUUGAUCCAGUUCUUACUGGAGGGGACUCCAGAAAUCAGAGAGCAUUACAUUGACUCUAAGAAGGACGUGGAUCGCCACCUGAAAUCAGCCUGUGAGCAGUUUAUUCAGCAGCAAACCAAACAGUUCAUCCAGCAGCUGGAGGAGUUCCUGGCAAAGGUAGCUGCUUUAAAAACCAUGGCCACCCAGGGAGGUCCCAAGUACAGCCUUUCACAGCAACCUUGGGCACAACCAGCCAAGAUCAACGACCUGGUCUCAGCCACUUACAAGACAAUAAAAACCAAGCUGCCAUCAACGUUACGAAGCAUGUCCUUGUACUUGGCCAAUAAAGACACAGAAUUAAUUCUCUUUAAACCAGUUAGGAAUAAUAUUCAGCAAAUGUUCCAGAAACUCCAUGCUUUAUUAAAGGAAGAAUUUAGUGAUGAAGAUAUCCAGAUCAUAGCUUGCCCUUCAAUGGAACAGGUGAACUUGCUUCUAUCCAUGUCCAAGUAA